AAGGACUAAUCAACUUUUCAACUUUUCUGUUUCAUCAACUCGAGGAGAAGAAUUGAACAAAUUCUUUCACACAGGUAUACCCUGACAAGCUCUGAUCAUCACAUCAGUGUUUGAAAUAAAAAAUUCAGGUUAACUCAAAGACUAAUCAAUAGAGGCUUCUGUUUCUCUCAGUUCUAUGAAGAGUUUUAAAUGGAUGAUGCUGUCAAAUGCCUUCAACCUGUUCUGUGUCUGUGUGGGACAGGUUUGCGUGACAUAAACAUUGAUAUGUCUGCAUUCACACAGUUUAUGUGAAACAGAUGUGUGUGUGUUUGUGUUGAGACAUGAAGAUAUAUGUGGUUCCUUUUCCUUUGGGUUGAGGGUGGAGCUUGCAUGACAAGGGGGUAAAAGGGCAUGAAGUGAUGGUCAGCAGUCAUUGAUCUGACAGCAGAGACUCCGUCCAGAUGAGUUCAAUGCUGUGAUCUUCACCUUCAGCUGUAAAAACCUGGAUGAGACCCUUUGCUUUAGCCUCACGGACGUCCUGCUGUAUGUCCUGGAGGUACUGUGUUUUUCUGUGCAUGGAAGGAGCUGCUCCGUUUGCUCUUUCAGGUGACCUGCUGCUGCAUGUUUAUGUGUCUGCCUGUCCUCCACAGAUCUCUGCUACCCUGGAUGAACAAUCAAACCAUGCUGGUUCCUCUCCAACAGCCCAUUGUCUUUGAAAUCGAGGGCUUUGAUAUUCUUCCAGGCUCCGGGCCUUUCUUCUUCCUCCUGGCUCUGCUGGUCUACAUGCUGGUGCUGCUGGGUAACGGGGUGGUGGUGUGUGUCAUCAUCCUGGACAAGAAGCUGCACAGACCCAUGUUUGUGAUGAUCUGUCACCUGGUGGUGUGUGAUCUGAUGGGAGCCACGGCGGUGCUGCCUCACCUCAUGAUGGACUUUCUGAUGGGUCAGAAGAAGAUCAUUUACCCAGCAGCCAUCAGCCAGGCCUUCUGCGUCCACGUCUACGGCACGGCUGUGCAGACCAUUCUGGGUGCGAUGGCUUAUGACAGGUACGUUGCUGUGUGUGAGCCGCUCAGGUAUCACACCAUCAUGACAUCAGCCCGGCUGCACUUCUGCUGUGCUCUGGCCUGGAUCGUGGCGCUGGUGCUGAUCGCCUUGCUCUUUUCCUCCCAUAUGAACGCCCCUUUGUGUGGUCACAUCAUUCGACAUGUCUACUGCAGCAACAGAGGCAUCCUCAACCUGGCGUGCUCCCCCACCCCAACCAACAACAUCUACGGUCUGUGCAUGACCUGGUCUGUGAGCUCGGUGGUCUUCAUCAUCAUUGCUUUCUCCUACAUCAGAAUCCUGACGGAUUCCUACAAACAGUGCAGAACAGACAGCAAGCGCUCCGUUGGUUCUGCACUGGUGCGCAGCAAAGCCUUCCAGACCUGUGCCCCCCACCUCGUUAUCUACACACUCUAUCAGAUAGCGUCAGUCAUCAUAAUUGUAGGUUACAGGUUCCCGUCUGUCCACCCAAACCUCAUCAAGUUCUUCAGUAUUCUAUUUAUCAUCAUACCCCCCGCUAUUAACCCAGUCAUCUACGGACUGGUCAUCAAAGAUCUGCGCACCAGCAUCAUUCAGAUUUCCACCAGAGUCUAA